ACAGAUUUUUAGAAGAUAAUGAAGAAACUCCAGGAUGAGCACUUUCAUGUAUUCAUAAAAUGAAGAUAUGUCUACGCUAUCUCGGUGACCCUGGAUAUCAACAAGGUAUUGGUCAGGAACUUGAUAUGGAGGCCAAGCGGAUAGAUGAGUAUAUCAACCGAAAAGGGAAACCUACUUUAAAUGUGCAAGCCACUUGUGACUUGUGAUGCCAGAG